UCCCCUUAUCCAAAUACAGUUUUACUUUGUAGUCCAGAUUGGCCACCUUGAACUGAUCUUCACAUCUCAGCUCCUAAGUCCUAGAACGGUUUCUGGCCCACAGUCUGAGAGCUAGGGCUGACUGUGCUGCCCCCUGCUGGGAAGUUAUAAACCGCAGUCUUCGGGAAAGGCUGGGCUAGAAGCGAGGAAGCUUGCACACUGGCCAUCGUAAGAGACCUGGAGAAGUUGAAAGGCGGGCAGUGUGUCUGGGAAUGGCAUGAGGAGAGGCUGGACGCUGGUUUACAGCGCCAGCGUCAUCAGGAGCCUGUCUGGGACCUGGGCCCUUCUGCAUACCUCCUCCUUGGUUGGAGAAGAAUUAGCUAAACAUUCUUUUUUUCGGCUUUAUUCUCCAGAAAUGGCCGUGAGCUGCCACGGCUCUCAUCUUUUCUGGUCUGCUAAUUAAUUAAUAAUGUAUCUCCAGAGAGCGUAUGCACAUGAAAGCCAGAGGGUAACCUCGAGUACUGCUUCUCAGGUGCUGCCUACGUGUGUGGUUUGUUUGUUUGUUUGGUGUUUUUGUUGUUGUUGUUUUGUUUUUUGAGACAGGGUCUCUCACAGGCCUGGAGAUAACCAACCAAGUUGGUUGGGAUGGCUGGCCAGUGAACCCUAGAGAUAUACCUGUUUCCAACACUGGGGUUACAAACCACGCACCCCAUUUAACAUGGCUUCUGGGUGCUGAACCCAGGUCCUCACGCUGUGUGGCAAGUACUUCGCUGACAGAGCCUCUCCCCAGCCUAGGGACUUCAGUUGUAGUGUCCCAGGUUUCAUCUCCGAUUUUAGCUGGACAAUUGCACAGAGACUGAGGUUUACCGUUGGCAAAGCCCUUAUAAUGAGCAGAGUCCCCAAUUUGCUGCCUGGGAGUCUUUCAGAGUCUCCUAGACGCCCCCUCUCCGCCCGAGCUUCCGGCGUCCUGUUUCACAAAGCGCAUGGACAGCUUCAUGACCAAGCCAGCCUUUAGCAGAGUACUUUUCCGGUCUCCGUGGGCCAGUGCCUUCCCUGCACCUCUCCAGCCUUGUCCUGUUUCCUGCGGAGGCUGGCCUUCACGUGCCUGGGCCUGUCAGUGAUGGGAAGGAGGAGGCUGAAGGAGGGUCCAGGAUAAGCACCAGCUUGUCUCUCUUCCUUCUUGCCUCAUCCUCUACAAAUGUGACAGGCACUGGGGCAGGGUUAGGCAGCAGCUUCACCUGUCAGCCCCCUAAGGCCCUCCGGACACCCCCAACGCUGCUCCCUCCCAGCUGGGAAAGAAGAGGGGCAGAGGAGUCGGGGUGGCGCACAGUCGCUUCUCACAGCGGCAGAGGUGGCGUGGGCCUCUGCCCCGCUCCUGAACGUGCCGUCCCGUGGAUUCUCGCAGCCCGCCUCUAGGAGGAUGUCUGUGUGCUACCGUCCGCCCGGGAACGAGACGCUGCUGAGCUGGAAGGCCUCGCGGGCCACCGGCACCGCCUUUCUGCUGCUGGCAGCCUUGCUGGGACUGCCGGGCAACGGCUUUGUGGUGUGGAGCUUGGCGGGCUGGCGGCCCGCGUCGGGGCGGCCGCUGGCGGCCACCCUGGUGCUGCACCUGGCGCUGGCCGACGGCUCGGUGCUGCUGCUCACGCCGGUCUUCGUGGCCUUCCUGAGCCGGCAGGCCUGGCCGCUGGGCCAGGCGGGCUGCAAGGCGGUGUACUACGCGUGCGCGCUCAGCAUGUACGCCAGCGUGCUGCUCACCGGCCUGCUCAGCCUGCAGCGCUGCCUGGCCGUCACCCGGCCCUUCCUGGCCCCCCGGCUGCGCAGCCCGGCCCUGGCGCGCCGCCUGCUGCUGGGCGUCUGGCUGGCUGCCCUCGUGCUCGCCGUCCCGGCGGCCGUCUACCGCCACCUGUGGGGCGGCCGCGUGUGUCAGCUGUGCCACCCGUCGGCGGCGCACGCGGCCGCCCACCUGGGCCUGGAGACCCUGACCGCCUUCGUCCUGCCCUUUGGGACUGUGCUCGGCUGCUACGGCGUGACCCUGGCCCGCUUGCGGGGCGCGCGCUGGGGCUCCGGGCGGCACGGCACGCGGGCGGGGCGCCUGGUGAGCGCCAUCGUGCUGGCCUUCGGCUUGCUCUGGGCCCCCUACCACGCUGUCAAUCUCGUUCAGGCGGUGGCCGCGCUUGCUCCGCCCGAGGGGCCCCUGGCCAGACUCGGCGGGGCGGGCCAAGCAGCGCGCGCUGGGACUACAGCCUUGGCUUUCUUCAGUUCCAGCGUCAACCCGGUGCUCUAUGUCUUCACUGCGGGGGAUCUGCUGCCCCGGGCGGGGCCCCGCUUCCUUACGCGGCUCUUUGAGGGCUCUGGGGAGACCCGAGGGGGCUUCCGUUCUAGGGAGGGUACCAUUGAGCUCCGAACUACUCCUAGGCUGAAAGUAGUGGGGCAGGGCAGGGGCAAUGGAGACCCUGGAGGCGGCGGCGGCAGGAUGGAGAAAGACAGUCUGGAAUGGUAGAGAUCCCGAACCCGGCC